GUCCAGGCUGGUGGCUUGGCGCAUGCGCGGGAUUGGGCUGUGCAGUCACGACGCUGCGCCGUACAUUCCGUCCCUGCGCUACUAGGGCCUAGUCUGUGCUGCUCCUCCAUCAGCUCCGUCAUGGCCGAUCCGCGCUUGAGGCAGAUCAAGAUCAAGACCGGCGUCGUGAGGCGAUUGGCAAAAGAAAAAGUUAUGUAUGAAAAAGAAGCAAAACAGCAAGAAGAAAAGAUUGAAAAAAUGAAAGCUGAAGCAUGCAAUGAUUAUGGAAUUAAGAAGCAGAUUGAGAUCUUACAAGAGUCACGAAUGAUGAUUCCAGACUGCCAGCGCAGAUUAGAAGUUGCACAUGCAGAUCUUGCUCAACUACUAGAAAAUGAAAAAGAAUUGGAAGAAGCCGAAGAGUAUAAAGAAGCACGUUCCAUACUAGAGUCAGUGAAGCUGGAAGCCUAGAAGUUUUCCAGUAGUCUCUUUAUAUGCAUUAGCACUGGGUCCAUUCUACACUUUUAUUUGACUAUGGCUCUAUUACUAUUGUUGGCUUGCUAAGGUUCCCUUUAUGCAAACUGGCUUUUCUCUAACUGCAAGAUGCAUCAAAUAAAGGAUGUUCUGAAACAUCUGUGUGUUCCAUAUUCAGGCAAAAUAGAAACAUUUCCAGUUCACCUCAGUUACAGAAAGGAAAAAAAUAAAGCCUAUUUAAUGUAAGCAUAAUAGUGUAAUAGCUAAUAUACAGAACUUAAUCUGAACAAUUCAGGCUAAGAAAGUUUAGCUAUGUAAGGAACGUGAGGGACCAAUAAAUACAUUAGAGGCACCUUAUAUUUGAAAUAAUUUCAAGCCAUUAUAGCAUAACAAUCUGUAUUGAAAGAAGAGAUGGAGUAAAUGACCCUUCAAUGUCA